CACCUACUAAGUUUUGCCAUUCCUGUAGUUUUCAAGAUAUAGUUCAUUAACAUAAUCAGAUCGAAGAAGAAAGAGAUAAGCAGCAACUAUGGAGGACUCAACUCGGCCACUCAUAGGGUUUCCUCUAGGUUUAGCUCUUCUUUUGAUCUUGUUGCUCUGCAUGAGUGCCUUCUUCUAUUGUUGCUUCCAAUGGGAAAAGCUCCGAUCACUCUUCAUAUCUUCUCCGGAUGAUAAUAAUUCCGAUAUAGAAGCAGAUAUCCCUAACUCUCCACGGAAACCUCUACCUCCACAUAAGACAAUAAAACGAGAUGAGUCCCAGAGCUUUUCAGUACUGAUGCCCGGAGAUCAGGUUCCAAAGUUCAUAGCAAUGGCCUGUCCAUGUCGGCCUCCGCUAGCCGAAAAGGUCACAAUCGAAGUACACAAGCCUCCCACGUCUGUCGUGCCACUAUGAUAAGUUUGGCAAUUGGCAGGACCUUUCUGUGUACGUAUAUAGUGUGUUCCAACUACAAAUAUUGAGUUAGUGAAUUGAUUUUAAUUUCCUCAGGAUGGGAUUUCUUGUGCCAUGAAAUUUUAGAGCGUUCAAAGCAAAUGAUGACACAUAUUGUAAUUAUUCCUGUAUUAAACAUGUUAAUUCCACUCA